AUGGCCCAGCAGGCUGGUUACUCGCCCAGCUUCAAGCUGCCGACAGAAAUCAUGCGACUGAGGCGGAAAAGAGCUCGAAGCGACUCGUCUGGAAGCACCGAGAGUCCGGGACAAAGUAGGUCAUCCGUAGCAGGCACGCGACCUUUCUCUCCAGGGCCGCUGUUUAAGGACCAGAACCCCUCCAGACCUGGACUAAAACGCAGAAAUCCCUUUGCAACGAUUGAAAACACGUACAGCCCCCAAAAGAAGCUUUUUAUUUACGACGAGCACGGUGGAAACGGCGGCCCCAUCCACACAGAAUGGGCAGAAAAAGGCGGAAAUGACGUCACGACAGCUAAGGAAGGGUCAGCAUGUGGUGACGGUUUGAUGGAGAAGCAUCUCCCUGAAGAUGAAGCUCUGCUGGAAAAAGAGGAAGACGAUGCUCCCAGUCUGCUUCUCAAGAGCCCUGGGGGCAUUGCCCCUUCCUCCAUCACUCCUCCCAGCUGUACGGAGUAUCCAGCAGACUGGAGCUUGAAGACUCGGGUCCUCUUCACCUCCCCGCUCUCCCUAUCUUGGGCAGAGCAGCCAAAGGCCCAGGAUGAAGCGCUGGGGCUGACCCACAGCUGCAGAGCUCAGUUUAGCACCCUGCCACACAAUCUGCAGGAUCCGAAGUCCUGCUCCGAGCUCCGUUGUGCCUUUCAGCAGUGCUUGGUGUACUGGCAGCACCCCUCCCUGUCCUGGCUCUCUCUCUUCCCCAGGAUCAACGCCGAGAGAGCCUUCUCUGGGAAGAGCAGCCCGUGGGCUCAAGAUGCAGCGCUGCAGCAGAGUCUCAUGAGGGACUGGUCGGUCAGUCUGUCGUCUCUCUUCAGCCUUCUAAAGUCUGGACUGUGUCCGUACUUCUACGUCUGUUCCUAUCAGUUUACUGUGCUGUUCAGGGCAGCGGGUCUCGGGGGAUCAGACCACAUCACCGCUUUGGUUUCUCCCACAACUCGAGGUCUCCGAGAGGCAAUGAGGACUGAAGGUAUCGAGUUCAGCCUCCCUCUAGUGGAGAGUCAGAAGAAGAGCAGGGAUGACCUUGGAGAUGAAGAACUCAAGGAAAAGAUGUGCUGUGAUCGGGAGGAUGAGGAAUACAACGGCGAUAAAGGUGACAGCUUCUCGUGGCUAAAGGAGAUGGGACUCCAGGACAAAAUCAGGAAACCAGAUGGCAUCAGCAUACAACUCCAGAGGGAGGGGCAGACCACAGCUCUGGACCAUAAACCAGAAUCCGUUGUGUGUGUGGAGGGACCACACACGUUCAACCUCAUCAACUUCCUCAUCAACUGUAAGGGUUUGGUGGCUGCUGCCGGCUCUCAGACUGGGCUACCACCAACGCUGCUGGCCCCCACUGCUUUCAGAGGGGCUACCAUGAACAUGCUGAAGGGCCGCACUAUGAAUGUGAAGAGCCAAGUUGGUUCUACUCACCAGAACAUAAGCACUCUGGAACUCACAGGACCCAUCCUCCCCUCCUCUCUUCAUGCCAUCACAACCCUUUUGCGACUCGCGCAGAAAGGAAACUUUUCAGCUGCACUUUAUACGCAUUCACCUACUGCUGUUCUGAACGUGAAUACCAGUAAGGAACAGAGCAGCGGUGGGUUGGUUGACCUGACUGGCUGUGGUCUCCUUCCUGCGUCGAUCCAUCAGCUGGAACAGCCUGCCACCCUCUGCAAGUCUGCUCUGACAGACGUCCACAUGAAAAACUACAGCUACGCCUGGAAGAGCUGACGUGGACCCACUGUCGGUGUGUUUAAUCUGAAACUGUGGCGCUCUUAAGAGACUAUGAAA